AUGUCAAAGCAAAGUGGCGGUGCUAAAUUGAUAAGAAAAUCAAAGCUAAUAAUUUGGGAUGAAGCACCUAUGGCUAAUCGUCAGACAAUUGAAAUCGUUGAUAGGAGCUUCAGAGAUAUAAUGGAUAUUAAUGAACCAUUUGAUGGAAAAGUCGUGGUCUUCGGAGGUGAUUUUCGUCAAGUACUACCGGUAGUUCCAAAAUCUACAAGAGCUGAAACAAUAAAUGCAAGCUUAGUAACAUCAUACUUGGGGAAUAAAAUGGAAAAGAUUCAAUUAACAAGAAAUAUGAGGGCAAGAGCAGAUCCAACAUUUAACGAUUUCUUACAACGGAUUGGUAAUGGAGAUGAACCUACAAUAAGAGAUGAUAUGGUCCUUCUUCCAGAAAAAUUGAUCAUCAAACAUGAUGGUGAUAGUACUGGUGAAGAUAAUUUAAUAAGAGAAAUAUUUCCAUCUUUAGAUGAAAAGUCAAGUUGUGCGAAAUAUAUGACAGAAAGGGCUAUUUUGGCUAGCAGAAAUGA